AUGACAAGUGCGGAAAAAUACGUGUUUCUACUAGACGAAGAAUCAAGAAAGUAUGCGGAAGAAAACUUAAACGAAAGCGAUGAAAAUCGAGACAGCUGUCUGAGGGAGAUACGCGAUUGGCUGGAAGAAAACAAACAUCUGAACGCGCGACCGGAAGUCAAGUACAUCCUUCCGUUUCUGCGUGGUUGCAAGUUCGACAUGGACAAGACCAAAGUGAAAAUGUCGAAUUUUUACGCGAUGAAGCGUGACAGACCCGAAUGGUUAUCCAAUAGGGACCCCUUAUUGCCGGAAUUACAGCGUUUAGUGCGUUUGGGGGUGUUCCUGCCACUUCCGGUGAGGCGCGAUAAUAAGCUGGUUGUUAUCGUAAAAAAUGCAGUUCACAAUCCCAACAUAGACACGCUGGAUGACGUGAUUAAGAUUGGACAAAUGAUUAUGGAUGUGGCGUGCAUGGAAUACGAAAAAUCUUCCAUAUACGGUAUCAUAGGUAUAUUCGAUAUGACGGGUUUAAGUUUUGCACAUGCAAGACAGUUAACACCCGGUAUUGUAAAAAAAGUUGUGUACGCCAUACAGAACUACCCCUGCAGACCCCAGCAGUUUGAAUUCGUGAACACCCCAACCUACAUAGGGUAUUUUUUGAACAUUUUUAAAAGUUUACUGCCUUCCAAGCUAAGGGACAGAGUGCAAGUGCAUUUUUCCGGGUACGAUUCUUUGUACAAGGCUGUUGGUAGGGAUGUUUUACCAGAAGAAUACGGGGGGAACGGGGGGAAAAUAUCGGAAUUAAUUCAGUAUUGCGAAAAUAAGUUGGUGGAGUAUUCGGAUUGGUUUAAAGAAGAUGAAUUGUACAAAGCGAAUGGCGAUGAAAAAAAGUGGAUGUUUUUCUAG